AGAAGCAUUUCCGUAACUUGUUGACCGUUGUCCCCGUUCUCUUAACGUACUCAGAAUGGUACUCAAAUCGGACUUCGACGACAUUGUCAUCCCAUCAGAGCCGUUGCACGAGUACUUCGGACGCCUGUGGAGUCGACACCCCGAGCGAACGGCUCUCGUCGACAACCUGACCGGUGAACGUUUGAAAUAUGCAGAUUUCCUGGCAUACGUGAAGAAGAUCUCGGGCUGUCUCCAAGGCGGAGGCGUGAAAGCCCAGAUGAAGGUGCAGUAUUUCCUCAAGGAUUCGAUCGUAGCUUUCUGCACGAUGCAAGCGCUGAAAUUCGCGAAUGCAUCGAUUGUCCUCUGUCGCCCUCACGAAAAAAUGACGACGAGGGAAUACGUGUAUCAAGUUCGCGACUCGGGAGUAGAAUACAUUCUAUGUGACCCCGAAACGGUCACGCUCGUCAGCGACACGUUCAAAGAAUACUCCGAUGUCGCUCGGACCAAAGUAAUUUUCUUCGGCAAUCGAGAGCUGCUGGAACCGUAUGCUGACAGUUUGAACGUCGUUCUAUUCGACGACCUCCUCGAAACCGACACGACGUGGACGCCGCCGGAGUGCAAGAGCGCGGCAGAGGACAUCGCGAUCAUCACGUAUACAUCUGGCACCACAGGAAAACCCAAGGGAGCGAAGCAUCCGGUCAAGAGCCUCACGGGACAAUCAGAAAUGAUCAUCAGAGGACCGAAAACAUUCCAGGACGGAGACGUUUAUCUCUUGGCUACCUCUCUGUUCUACGCGUUCGAGGUGUCUUUUUCGGAAAUCACCCUGAACGUUGGUGGUACUGUGGUUCUAGCCAGGACGGACGUGAAGAUAAACUUCCCGGAGAUCGUCGAGCGGAAUCGAAUAACCGUCGCCAUCAUACUCGAAGUUAGCGGCAGAGCGAUCAUGGCGACUGCGCCACAGUUCCCACGAUACAGAGAUCAAAUGAAAUCUCUGCGUUUGAUGAUGUUCUGCGGAUCGGUCCUUCAACCGAAAUUCGCAAAAUUGAUGUCUGAUUUCUUCAGUCCCUGUCUCUUCUCGAACAAUUAUGGAAUGACAGAGAACUUCGCGGUUUCCUUCACUGGGAACAGUCGAGACAUGGAAUGCAGUGCCGGUCGCCCGCUUCCGAAUGUCUCCAUCAAGAUCGUCGACAUGAACAGCCGGGAAGAGCUCCCAGACGGAAGCGUGGGUGAGCUGAUGCUGAAGAGCGACUCGCUCAUGGUCGGCUACCUCAACGAAACCGCAGAAUCCCGGAACAUUGAAGCCGAUGGCUGGUUGAGAACCGGAGACUUGGCCUAUAUCGGUGCUGAUGAUAGAUCGAUCCAUCUCGUGGAUCGGUGUAAGCAGAUCAUCAUCUGCAUGGACGACACCUUGUCUCCCGGAGAGCUGGAGGAGAUCUUGAGAGAACACGAGGCCGUAGAACAGGCUGUCGUGAUCGGGGUGCCCCACGAUGAGCUGGGAGAAGCCCCGACGGCAUUCGUCACGGUUCGGCCUGGCUUCCUAGCCGACGCUGCCUUGUCGGCUGAACUCAGAGAAAGAGUACGGAAGCUGACAUCGAUUUAUAAACAUCUUUACGGUGGGGUUUACUUCUGCUCGUGGGAUCAAGUUCCGAAAACCGGGAACGGAAAAAUUUCGCGACUUUCAUUGAGAGACAAUUUCCUCAAAGGCAAGGUCGUGUGCACAAAACCAGAAUGACCCACCUGCCCCCAAUACCUCGAGCACCUCAUUUCCGAAUCUUCAGCGACGCUGACGGAGGAAAAUUUCCGCUGAUUCAGGGAUAAGCAUACCCGUCAAUCUCCAGAAUAGAUGCGAG